UGUGACGUACCAGCGAUGUCGGUUCCCAGUGCACCGUCGCCGAUUCCGCCGCCUCUUCCGAUGCCGGACCUCAAACAACAACUCAAGGCGCAGCUUGAAUACUACUUCUCAAGGGAAAAUCUAAUUACUGAUCGAUAUUUACGAUGUCAAAUGGACGCUGACCAAUUUGUUCCAAUUUCCAUUAUUGCCGGUUUUCGGAAGAUUGUACAACUCACGAGUGAUUAUAAUCUCAUUUUGCAAGUAUUACGAGAAUCGAAUCAAGUGGAAGUGGAUGAACGUGGCGAAAAGGUUCGUUCUGUAUGCCGACGAUGUACUAUCAUAUUGAGGGAGAUCAGCGAAGAACAUAGAGAGGAAGUCGAAAAAAUGCUCUCUGGUGGUCCACCAUACGUUGAUCUUAAAUACGGCCUUAAUAAUAGCUGGUACGUGACGUUCGAUAAUGAAGAGACCACACAGCAAGCAUAUCUUCAUCUUCAAAAUAUGAACAUCACAUUUAACAAUAAGCCAAUAUGUGUGAGUAUUUCGACUUCUUUCUUCUCUGCAGAACCACAAUUGUACACUCCACUUUACGAAUUGGGACAGCUUCUCGCCAGUUAUGGCUAUGUGCCAAGAGCAACGUUCCGGCCGGGUGCCACCGUUGUUCAUGUUCAGGAUGAAGCUCGGCAACGGAUAAAUAGGCAUGGUCAAGCUUCACAUCAAAGGAAUCAGCAUGCGCGCUGUAAGACUUAUUGUUCUUUCAUCUUCAGUGGUUCAUUUUCAUUUUUUGUGGGAUAUACGUCGGAACCUUUUAAGCAGCCCGAACGUAUGCCUCUGGAGCGAAUGGCUAUGCAAUGCAUUCGAAUGGAGCGAUUCCAUCACAUUCAACCGCCGUAA